UCAGGAUCCCUGCCAUGUUGCACGCGGUCAUUAUGCGCGCAUUGCGCGGUGCGAGCAAGGAAGAAAAGGCCUAAUUCAGUGCAAAGAAGCCCAAACGCAUUGUCCCCGGUAGACAUGAAAGUGCACGUCAUGCUCACACAUCACCAACAUCAUUCACCGAUGCGAAAGAUACACACACACACACACACACACACACACCGAGGCACAUGGGGGGAAGAGACAGGAAAAGAAAGCCACACUUACAAUGAAAUCCAUAUCCGUGAAAGUUAUGGUCUAGCAGAAUCCAGCAACCAUAUUAGAGCAUUAUUGCAAUACAUGCUUUCACAGAUAAGAGUCACGGUGACGAUGUGGUGGUGGUUUCGUGGCAAUGACGCAGAAUAACCACCAGCAAGUUGAAGGGAGGAGAGGGAAACCGGGUAUGGCUGGUGCAGAUCCAGACCCAGACGGUAGUAGUGGAAGGU